AUGGGGGGAGAAUUCUCCUCCACCGGGGGAGAGGGGGUGGAUAGUGACGGUUCUCCUCCCCCCGGGGAGAAGUGGGGGAGACAGGACUACCCUGGCUUCGACUUUUUGCCGUUUGCCGGUCCCACCUUUAACCCGGCUGUUUGCGGGAACAAUGCUUACUACGUAAGCGAGGGACUCUGCCAACUUCUCUGCAACGCGGCGGAUGCUUGUGUUGGUCACGUGCAUUACGCUGCUUUCAACUGCUGCUACCUCAAAAGCGCUCUUGCGAACGCGACCUCCCUUGCCACCGUCGUCUCGCACGUCAAAACGGUCUCGUACUACGCUGGACCGAACUGCUGCCUCCUGCAAAGCGCGGUUGGUCGCGCGGGUGCUAAGCUCGGGGCUGCUUUCUACUCUAAGAGGACUCCUUGUGAGAUUCGCUGCAACGCGUUGGAUGCGUGUGUUGGUUUCGUCCACAACCCCACUGUCAACUGCUGCUUUCUGAAAUACGCGCUCGGGACUUCAUCCCCAAACGGCGCCACCAGCUCGCUCCUCAAAACGGGCUAUCUUGGGUAUCACUUCGAAGGUAAUACGGAGUAUCUCGGCGUUGCAAUCCCUGUCCCAGCGGGAGUCGCCACAUCGAAUGUUGGCGUGUAUCCCGGGAACACUGGCAUCCUUACUGUUGCCCAAACACCGGCGAUAAUCGAGAAUGCUGUCGCGUGCAUGGCUCGUUGCAACAGCACUCCCGGGUGCAUCGCAGUUUCCCACCACGCGGACAACAACUAUUGCUUCCUGAAGAGCACAGUUUCGCCGCUCUACCCGCCCCAGUUGCGUAUCCGGAACGCAAACUUCUACUCCAAGAGCACACAUGAGUUUCGUUGA